AUGAAAAAUUUUGUGAAUGCAAACCCCACAGACACGCCCAAUACAACCGAUGACACUGGAAGGCAGAAGAAUACACACACACGCAGAAGAACGGCAUGUAUUUCCUGCGACGCGGGUUCCAACUUCAACGAAAGGGGUAGUCGAUCGCGGUUUCUGCUGCCCCGUUUGAGCAGCGUAGAUGAGAAGAGCGCUGAUUCAAAAUCAUGGAAAGGAUUAGCGGGAAUGAAGUUACCGACACUAACGACACGUGAAACGCAUUCAACAACGAGGACAAGCACAUCCAAUUCCCGUGGUCCUUUAACCUCACCAAGAAUAGGGAGGAGCCGUCGUGAGAGCAAAAUCCGGAGCGCAGAGUCAACCGUCUGCUCCUGGGGGACGUAUGCAUUUGCGAAUGAACUCGCUCAAAAAAAAUCCCCCGUAGUGGCUCCACUUCACCUUCCUUCUCUCCUGGAAGUGCAAACUCGGGGGGAUCGUCAGCUACAAUCGCGGUGGCAAAGUGAAGUUGCGAUGCCUUCAACGGAGUCACAACUGCGCGACUGGAGUGGCCCGAGUGCUUGGGGGUUGUUUGCCAAUGCGAAAGAAGGUGUGAAGGACGUACAGGAAGUGACAAGGAGUCCACCGGCGCGCUCUCCUGCUCGUGAAACUCACAAACUUGACGUAUCGGAUCAUUUGGUGUUGGUUAGCGAUUCCAACAAAUCGAGACUUCUUUCCACGUCGAUCAUCACGUGUUGCUUGGGCCGAAAAACUGUUGAACUUCAACAACUGUCGAUACAAAUGAACACGAUUAAAUCGAUCCCACCCCCUACUAACCCACGGCGCCUGAAGCAGCUGAGUCCCAACGUUUUAAACGUAGUUGCGGCGGGUUCACCUCAUCUGAAGCCAAUGGCACCUAAAACUCCUACAAAACCCAAAGGCGUGGGGCGGGAAAUGACAUGGCGGGAGUCAUCUUUUCGGCCACUUGUGCCAACGUUUGCACCCCAAUGCGACGUGGAGCCGCAUCUGAGGUUGUCGUCACCUUUCUCGCAGUCUUGUUUUAAAGAUAAUUCAUGGAGUGGUGGCGAAGGUUCCUAUAGUUUCUUUCCCUUAUUUGGUCCCACGUAA